CUUCGUUUAUCGGCGCUCUCAAACCGCAUCGGACAGCUCCCGACGGCUGCCCUAGAUACUUGUGACCGCUUCAAUUAUCUGGGGAUUCUGGCCAGCAUAGUUUUGACUGCAUCAGUGGUAAUCAUUCGGACCUUGACUUGUGUGAUCCAUGGCUUAUGUGACUGAGGUUUGAGGCAAUCAGUUGUAAGUGUUUUUUGAAGUGACAGUCCCUUCUCCUCGCUUGACCCUGCAUAUUUCAGAGUUCACUUCUGUUGAAGUUCAGAGUCCCUCAAGAACAGCCAAGAUGUCUCGAAAAGGUCUGAUGGAGCAGGAUUUAAGCAAGCUGGAUGUUGCGACACUACAUCCACUUUCACUAGAAGUUAUUUCUCGUCAGGCUACAAUCAAUAUUGGCACAAUUGGUCAUGUGGCACACGGGAAGUCAACCGUUGUAAAAGCCAUAUCUGGUGUUCAGACUGUUCGUUUUAAAAAUGAGUUGGAACGCAACAUUACUAUUAAGCUUGGAUAUGCCAAUGCAAAGAUAUACAAAUGUGAAGAUGAAAAGUGCCCUCGACCCAUGUGCUACAAGGCAUAUGGUAGUGGAAAGGAAGAUAGUCCUUUGUGCGAUGUGCCUGGAUUUGAGAACUGCAGGAUGAAAUUGCUGAGACAUGUAUCAUUUGUUGAUUGCCCGGGUGUAUUGAAGGUAAAUCAAUACAUUGAGGUUCGUCCUGGGAUCGUUGUUAAAGACGAGAGUGGCAACAUCAAAUGCACCCCAAUCUAUUCUAGAAUAGUUUCAUUGUAUGCUGAACAAAAUGAAUUACAAUAUGCGGUGCCAGGAGGCCUAAUAGGCGUUGGCACAACCAUGGACCCCACUUUGACACGUGCUGAUCGGUUGGUGGGACAGGUUCUUGGGGAGGUUGGGUCACUCCCUGAUGUUUUUGUUGAAUUAGAGGUGAAUUUCUUCUUGCUGCGACGGCUUUUGGGUGUGAGGACAAAGGGGACAGAGAGGCAGGGAAAGGUCGCAAAGCUGGCAAAGGGAGAGAUCCUUAUGUUGAACAUAGGAUCUAUGUCCACAGGGGCACGUGUUGUUGCUGUGAAGAAUGAUUUGGCUAAACUGCAACUCACAUCUCCUGUCUGCACUAGCAAGGGGGAGAAAAUUGCGCUCAGCCGGAGAGUUGAGAAACACUGGCGUCUUAUUGGUUGGGGCCAGAUUCAAGCUGGUACUACUCUUGAGGUCCCACCCUGCCCCAUCUAA